AUGGAUAUCAAGGUGACCAUCCCACACACGUCAACCAGCGACGACGGCAGCUAUACGCAGUUCCACGUUCUCGUGAGAAUAGGCGGGUCCAAGAGCUACACGCUGACGAAGCGGUACUCCGACUUUGCCACGCUGAAGAAGGAGCUGGAGUCGCUGUACUCCGAUCAAAUGCCCUACAAGUUCCCCAGGAAGACCCUUCUAAGGAGUAGCGUCAAGAACGGUGCGCUUGCCGAGGAGAGAAGGGUUGUGCUGGAGCGGUUUCUGCAAGAAUGUAUAAACGAUAAGAUCAACACCAAGUGGAGGAAGUCGUUGCCGUUCAGAGAGUUUCUGAACCUGGCCCCUGGGACGUUCUCCAACGCCAACGAGCAGACCAAAGAGCUGGUUAAGGAUGCGUGGGCCAUGGCCCACAGGCACGACGGGCCGAUAGUGGACGUCACAACGUGGCUCGACACCGCCAGGGAGGCCAAGACGAUGCUACAGGACGCCAGGUGCAAGGUGUUUGUUGAUCCUGGCGAGUGUCGUAAGAAGCUGAUACUGAGCAGAACAACGUUCGACGCGCUGUCCAGGGGGCUGGAGAUGGCACAGAUGGGCGACGGCGAGAGGAAGAGACGUAUUGACCUGCUCAACUCGCUGAAGAGGGAGCACGGCGACGUCGAGUCUCUGCUUCGAAACGUCCAUGACAGCGACGAUGUCGGUGUGAAGAGGCCGCCUCCCAUGGGCUCCAAGACAGAGCUGUUCAAGGGAAGACGUGUCAUUGGAGAGCCGCAAGAGACAGAUCGCACCAGGGCACUGGACAACCACCAACUGCUACAACUACAGAAACAGGACUUUGUCAGGCAGGACGAAGAGCUACACCAGCUGCACAGUACCAUCCAGAAACAGCGUGAGCUGGGCAUUGCCAUCAACGACGAGUUGCAACUGCAAAAUGAGCUGCUCGAUGAGCUCGACGGCGAGGUGGACCGUGUGGGUAACAAGCUCCACUAUGCAAGGAAAAGAGUUGGUAAAUUUACAUGA